AUGGUCUCUGUUCGCCUCGCCACUUACCUCGCGGCCUUCGCUGCUGCCGUCAGCGCCGCUCCUGUCGCCUCUGAGCCGGCAGUGACUCUUGACACCCUCAACGUCACCUCCACCGCUGACCGCAACCUCCGCAAGGGAGAACGUGUGGUCUAUGGCUCCAACGGACGCACCUCCAUCGUCUCUGAGUCUACCUACAAGCUUCUCCUGAAGCUCGAGGGCGUGUCUGAGGUGACCCCCGAGAUUGACUGGGACUUCAUCAAGGCCGGUGAUGCCAUUGCCGCUGCCAACGCCCUGCGCAACGACACCGUCUUGGACAAGCGCGCCUGCUCCAACGACAUUUCCUACAGUAUCACCAGCCAGCAGAGGUUCGUCGAUUGGGACGUGCAGAUGUCUCCGGUCGUCAUCGGCGCCGGAAGCCACGGCAUCGACAUCACCAUCUCCAAGUCGUGGACCGUCUCCAACGGCAUCACCGCCAGCUCCGGGUUCGACCUCGGCUCCUUGUACAGCAAGCUCGGCGCCUCGUUUGGCGUUGACUACUCGCGCACCUGGACCACUUCUCAGGGUUUCCUGGUCCGUGCCACCGUCGACAAGGGCGAGACUGGCGUGGUCAUCACUGAGCCUUGGGUCAACCGCAAGUACGGCAACACCUACCAGGGCUGCCCUGGCUCGCUGCGCCAGGUCGGCACCUUCAUGGCCGACUCUCAUGAGAGUGGUUCGUACGAGGGUGUCACAUGGGUCGGUGGUGCCAUCACCGGCUGCAUCAAGCGCCAGAGCAGCAUUCCCCUGUCCCGCUGCCAAGGCUCGGGCAACUUCCGCUAA